AUGGCUCCGACUCCGAGAACCCCGAUUGCUGACGAUUCGAUUAACCUACAAGUCGAUCCGAGUUACCGAUCAUCGCCGACCAAUUUCUCUCCGAUUCCGUUACAAUUACUCGAGCAGAAAGUCGAGAAGGUCACCGUCGAGGAGCCGCCGAAGAAAGACGGCGAACAAAAGGAGGACGAGCAUUUCAGAAUCCUAGGUCACCACAUGUGUCUCAAACGGCAACGAGAUUGUCCUCUUCUCUUAGCGCAAUCAAAACAUCCGAAGAGAACAAUCGGCGACACGGAUCUGGAAUCGAGACGCGCCGCUGUUCGUGCUUGGGGAGAUCAACCUCUUCAUUUGGCGGAUCCAGAUAUCCACGAGAUCAUGGAGAAGGAGAAGCAGAGGCAAGUGAAAGGAAUCGAGCUGAUUGCUUCUGAGAAUUUCGUGUGCCGAGCUGUGAUGGAAGCUUUGGGAAGCCACUUGACGAACAAAUACUCCGAAGGCAUGCCCGGAGCGAGAUACUACACCGGGAAUCAAUACAUCGACCAGAUUGAGAAUCUCUGUAUCGAACGAGCUCUUACUGCGUUUGGCCUCGAAUCUGACAAAUGGGGCGUUAACGUGCAGCCGUAUUCUUGUACCUCUGCGAAUUUCGCUGUGUACACCGGACUUUUACUCCCCGGCGAACGGAUUAUGGGGCUUGAUUCUCCGUCCGGUGGUCACAUGAGUCACGGCUAUUGUACGCCAGGCGGGAAGAAGAUCUCGGCUGCGUCAAUCUUCUUUGAGAGCUUUCCUUACAAAGUGAAUCCACAAACUGGGUAUAUUGAUUACGAGAAGCUUGAGGAUAAGGCGCUUGAUUACCGUCCUAAGAUUCUUAUCUGUGGAGGGAGUUCGUAUCCUAGAGACUGGGAUUUCGCAAGGGUUAGACAAAUUGCUGACAAAUGUGGAGCUGUUUUGAUGUGUGAUAUGGCUCAUAUAAGCGGUCUUGUGGCCACUAAGGAAUGUUCGAAUCCGUUUGAUCACUGUGACAUAGUUACUUCCACGACCCACAAAGGUCUGCGUGGACCUAGAGGAGGUAUCAUCUUCUACAGGAGAGGUCCAAAGAUAAGAAAGCAAGGUCAUCACUCUAGUCAUGGCGACACUUCCACGCACUACGAUUUGGAGGAAAAGAUCAACUUUGCUGUUUUCCCGUCGCUACAAGGAGGUCCUCACAACAACCACAUCGCAGCUCUCGCCAUUGCUUUGAAACAAGUGGCGACUCCAGAGUACAAAGCUUACAUACAACAAAUGAAGAAAAACGCACAGGCUUUAGCGUCGGCUCUGCUUAGAAGAAAAUGCAGACUUGUUACUGGUGGCACGGACAACCAUUUGUUGCUGUGGGAUCUCACUCCUUUAGGCUUAACAGGGAAAGUCUACGAGAAGGUGUGUGAGAUGUGUCAUAUAACCUUGAACAAAACUGCAAUAUUUGGUGACAAUGGUACAAUAUCUCCUGGAGGUGUAAGAAUAGGGACACCGGCGAUGACGACCAGAGGGUGUAUAGAGUCUGAUUUCGAGACGAUAGCGGAUUUUCUGAUAAAGGCGGCUCAGAUAACGAGCGCGUUGCAGAGAGAGCAUGGCAAGUCACACAAGGAGUUUGUGAAGAGUCUAUGCACGAACAAAGAUAUAUGUGAGCUUAGAAACCGAGUCGAAGCAUUUGCUAUGCAGUAUGAGAUGCCUGCUUCUCAGAUUUGA